AUGUCAAACAUACGACACAGCGAGAGCCACAAGAUUUCCCCGCUGACAUUCUAUCUACUUCAGGUUGCUUUCAAAGUCCACGGCACCGUUCAAGUGACCACCUCGCUCCACAGAGACUUCGUCCAAAGAUGUGCUAAGCUCGAUGGUCUCAAAGGCUGGGUUAGGAAUACUACUUGCGGAAGAGUGGAAGGCGAGGCCCAAGGCACCGACGAAAAAGUACAGAAAUUCCUCCAGCGCAUCGAUAAAGGUCCUCCUAGGGCUCAUGUAGUGAAGCUGGAGAAGCGGGCCUUGGACGUGCGUGAUGACGAGGAGGGAUUUGCCGUGAUGCGGACGGCAGAGUCGAUGUUCAAACCUGGGAAUUAG